ACGAACUCGGAAGCCGAAGGGAGAGCGCGUGUUUUCGCGCCAAUCCUCCGAUAAAAUACGAUAAAUAAAUCUACGAUAAAUGAUUAGUUAUUGAAUAUAAAGAUUAAUUGUAUAGUGAUUUAGUAAAAGUUAGUGAAAAAUAUGAUUUUAUAGUGAAAUUAAAUGUUGUGUUUAAUUAAGAUGUAGUGUUUUUGAGACAAAGUCUGAUUAAUUUAUAGUUAAGGAUGAUGUAUGAACAAUUUAGACGAUGAUUGAAUAGUGUUAUGUUUACUGUGAUCAAAAUGUGUAUAAGAUUAACUGUUUGGACUGUUGUCCUACUAGUUCUGGGCAGCAGAGAGGCGGCGUGCCAUGUCAUGAGCGAGAGCGUGUCGGUGGUGCUGCACCAGACCAACAUCACUCGGCUUACGGCGAAGGCUAUACAUGCCGCCGGGUACCAUCUGCAUAGAGUUGAGCAUCUUUCAAUAAUGGAUGCGCCGAAACUGGACCACAUUGCCGUCGAAGAUCUGACUAAGAUGCCUAAUCUCAAAUCUUUGUUUAUAACUCAAGCGCCGCGGCUGCACCGGGUGGCGCCUCUCCCGCCGCUGCCCGAGCUGCGCACAUUCAUAAUUACGACAUCUGGGCUGCUGGAGGUGCCGAACCUGAGCCACGUGCACGACAACAAGAAGGAUAACAGCUCCCUCGCGUAUCUACAAGCCAUAGAUCUGGAAGGCAACCACAUAAGGCGCCUGUCGCCGCACGCACUGCGCGUGCGCGCCGAUCAAGUGUCCCUGAACUACAACCUACUAGAAGAAGUGCCAGCUUUCGCGUUCAAAAAUGCACAGAUUUCUAAACUGAGUUUCAGGGGAAAUACGAAGCUGAAACACAUAGAUGAUAAUGCCUUUGCAUCAAACCUUCUCCUCCGACAACUAGAUUUAAGCAAUACCGCCAUUACCUCUCUACCGACAGCCGGCCUACAGAACUUGGAAACACUCAGGAUAGAAAAGACACCCUCACUGAAGUACAUCCCAUCGAUUUACGAGUUUCAGAGUCUCCAGCGAGCGUACCUGACGCACCACUUCCACUGCUGCGCGUUUCGCUUCCCCGAGCGACACAACCCCACGCGCCACAAGUUGUAUGAAACACAGAUAGCUCUCAUGCAAGCGAAAUGCGCAAACAGCGGUGGACAGCAGAAGAUUUCGGCCUCUCGAAAGCGGAGAUCGCUGGAAGCAAUCAAGAUGCUCAUCUCUCAGAGCAACGAUAAUAACACCACCAAAGACUCCUUAGAAGAUGACGUAUCAACAGCCACGACGAGUGAGGAGUAUGACGCUAGAUUGAUGGAGGAGUACUUCUCCGACUCCGGCAGCUGGGAGGAUGAAGACGAUCAGGGGGAGUUCCAUGAGCCUGUGAAUAAUACGCUCGGGUCAGGCCUAGGAGUGGCUAUAUCGGCGGAGUGCGGAAACUUCAGUAUUAGUCCACGUAAAGUUGAGUGCACACCAAUACCAGACGCGUUGAACCCGUGCGAAGACGUGAUGGGUUGGUCCUGGCUCCGCGCGAGCGUCUGGUUCGUCAUCGCAGCAGCGGUAGUAGGCAACGUUGCCGUUCUUCUCGUCCUACUCACCAACCACACAGAAAUAACCGUCCCAAGGUUCCUCAUGUGCCAUCUCGCCUUCUCCGACCUAUGUACUGGAUUGUACCUCUUUAUGCUGGCAGUGGUAGACCUCAGGUCUUACGGAGAAUUCUUCAACUAUGCCUACGACUGGCAGUACGGCGUCGGCUGCAAGAUCGCUGGCUUCCUAUCAGUCUUUUCUGGACAACUAUCAGUAAUCACCCUAACUAUAGUGACGUUAGAGCGCUGGUUCGCGAUAACGUACGCAAUUUACUUAGAAAGGAGAAUCUCUCUAGCAGCUGCGGCCAAGAUAAUGAUGGGCGGUUGGCUGUACUCCUUCCUGAUGGCUGGCUUGCCGCUGGUCGGCGUGUCAGACUACUCAUCUACCUCGAUAUGUUUGCCGGUUGAAAGUAAAGACAUAGGAGAUGCGGUGUACCAAGGGGGGAUAUUCAUGGUGAGCGCACUAGCGUGGGUCACUAUAGUCGUGUGCUACGUGCAGAUAUACAGAUCUUUAGGAGGAGGUGAGAGCUAUGGAGGGAGGGGGGCAGCAGCGGCUGCUGAAAGACGGAUAGCGAACAAAAUGGCACUUCUCAUAGGAACAGAUCUACUGUGCUGGGCUCCUGUCGCAUUCUUUGGUAUCACAGCUUUAGCCGGAGUACCAUUAGUGGACGUCAGUCAUGGAAAAGUGCUUCUAGUAUUCUUCUACCCUUUAAACGCUUGUGCUAACCCGUUCUUAUACGCGAUAUUGACGAAACAGUACCGUCGGGACUUGAUCACGUUGAUAGCGCGGACGGGCCACUGCACGUGGUUGGUCGAGAAGUACAAGUUGGCGGCCACCCCGCCCCCCACCGCGCACACCAACCCGUCGGCGCCCGCGCAGCUGAUGCCGCUAGUGGACUCGGUCACGUAUCAGAGGAGUCAGUCACAGUAUUCACAGUAUAAAGACAGUAGUGAAGUGCCGCUUUAAGUGUUUAGUUGUAAGUUUAGGUUAAAAUGACAUUAUUAUAUGGUUAUUUAUUUUUAA